AUGAGUCAGCUGCUCUCUGACGCAUCUAAGGAUGAAGACGUGUGCAAAUACUUUAAGAUGAUUAAGGAAGAAAACAGAAUCAUUUCUCAGAAAACCAUCACUUCAAUUGAGUUACACCUGGCACAAAGAAACAUUCAGAAGACAAAUAAUGUAAUUACUGAUUCAUUAAGAGAAAGUAGCAGUACCUCACUCAAUAUUGCUGUAAUAGGAGAGUCUGGAACUGGGAAGUCCAGUUUCAUCAAUGCCUUUAGGGGGAUUGGACAUGAAGAGGAAAAUUCAGCUCCAAUUGGUGUGGUGGAGACAACCAUGAGGAGAACUCCAUACAAGCACCCCAAUAUUCCCAAUGUGGUUAUUUGGGACCUGCCUGGGGUUGGAACCACAAAAUUCCCACCCAAAGAUUAUCUGGAGAAAAUGAAAUGCAACGAGUAUGAUUUCUUCAUCAUUGUUUCUGCCACACGCUUUAAGAAAAAUGAUAUAGACCUCGCCAAAGCAGUCAGCAUGAUGAAGAAGGAUUUCUACUUCGUGAGAACCAAGGUGGAUAUAGAUUUAGAAACUGAGAAAGGAUGCAAACAUGCCUUUGGCAGAGAAAACUUACUGCAGCAGAUACAACGCCAUUGUGUCGAUACCUUUAAGAAAAACAACCUGCAUGUACCACCGAUCUUCUUGAUCUCUAACAAAAAUUCAUCUGACUAUGAUUUCCCAAUCCUGAAGGACAUGCUAAAAAACAAACUUUCUACUCCCACACUUCCAAACUUUAUGUAUUCUUCACUGAGUAAGGCUGAGGCAGUCAUUGAAAGAAAGCGUGAGUCGAUGCACCGGUUUAUCUGGCUAGAAACCAUAAAGAAUGAAGCUUGGACAAGUCUUUCUGUAAAGGGCAUCCUCAAGGACAGUGAUAUGGAGAAGUUGAAGGUGAUUUUAAACCACUAUCGAAAGCUCUUUGGAGUUGAUGAUGGAACCUUGAAACUCAUGGCAAAGGAUUCCCAAGUGCCUGUUGAAAAACUGAAAAAAGUCAUUAAAUCUCCUUAUUUGUUGGAAACUAAGAAAAGAGAAACAUUAGAAGGAAAACUUUUGAAAUAUUUGGAGAGAUUUGCCUCAGCCAAUGGUGGGCUCUUGGCUACAGGUCUCUACUUUAGGAAAACCUUUUACUUACAACUUCUGUUCCUUGACACAGUGGCUGAAGAUGCCAAAGUUGUCCUUAGAGAGACAUACUCAAAAAUUAGUUCAAACUCACAUCACCCACAGCUACUGACCAUGGAUAGGUGUUACUCUUUCCUCGUGUCCUUGACAGGAUUUGUGCUUGUAUGUUUUGCUUUGUCUUAUCUUAGACUUUGGACAUGGAAUGAGGUGUAA